AUGACGGCCUCGGAGGAUGAGGACGAUCUGCUGCUGGAUUCAGUGAUCAAGGAGACAUGGACUUGCCAUUACGUCCCGGGAGCGAACCUUCCAAGCUGCAAAGAGGACACCAAGGUGGUGGGCCACGAUUGCAAGUACUGCAAACGCCGUUUCUGCAUUAAACACAGGGCUCCAGAAACACACGGAUGCAGCACGAAGCCGGUGAAGCUAACGAAGUACGGAAGGCCCAAACUGAAAAAAUAA